AUGGCGCCCCGCAAGCCUCGCUGCAACUUCAAGGAGUGCAAGGAAGCCGCUCAGCGGAUCGUCGGUGACUGUAGCUUUUGCAAUGGACACUACUGCUCGAAACAUAGAAUGCUGGAGGCUCACUCCUGUACGGGGUUAGAGGACUGCAAGAAGGAGUCUCAUGCCCGAAACGCCGACAAGCUCAACAGCGAGCGUACCCAAGUCAUCAAGGGCGUAUAA